CCCACAUAUACCAACCGCAUCAGCCAACAAGCAGGCGAGGUGUAAGCGCACGGAGGGCUAGCCGCACAGGGGCGUCGACUCGUAAGCAUAGCUGCUGCGCUUUCCAAUCCACUGCCGCUUCUACUGGCCCCCUCUCGCAACUGCCAUUCACUUCGCCUCGCCCGUCGCUGCCACGUCGAUGCAGCGCUCCUCGUCACAACACUAGCACCAGCACCGCUCGGCCCAAGCUGCAGCUGCUGCAGUAGGCCCUCAACCUCCAGCGUCCAUGAAUGACCGAACCACGGCGGCGCGCGCUGCUGGCAGCCUCGGCGAUUUCGGCGCCCUCCACGAUGUUGAUUCGUACGGGCCCAUCGCGACAGAUCCGCCCUACCACGGGGGCCGCCAUGGCCAGCAAAAGGCUCAAAGUGCCAGUGAAGGAUACCGAGACGGCGCUGUUAUGUAUGUAGACGGUGAGGCCACAUGCAGCCACGAGGGGGACGGCGAAGGCAAGAUGUCUGCCGAUCGACCAGCACAGCAAUUGCAGAGACACGCACAGCACGGCAAUCGGAAGCGAGGGCAACCUGACGAGGUAGCACAAGAAGACGACGAUGCAGACCCAGACGGAGACGGAGAUGGAGACAAUGAAGACGAUCACCUCGCCUGGAGCAAGGAUCAGCCCUGGUGGAAACGCCCCUCGGACAAGUGGCUUCGACCUUUUGCGUUUCUGAUCGCGGCAGCUUCGGGCAUGGCGAUACCCCCGAAGCUCGAGUUCUACGACCAGAUCGCAUGCGAGGAGAUCUACUUUCGCAACCACACCGCAUGGGACUUUCCAGCACAACGUCCUGUCCUGCUGGGCAACAGCGCCGAGUCGAUAUCGACGUCAUAUCAUGUGUCUCCUUCCGACACCGGCGCGAUCUCUUCCAUCUGGAGCGGGGCGGGUCCGCUAGCUGGAGACAGCUUGACGGCAAUAGCGAUGCCGGAGCAACUGGUCCUGAGGUACGUGCCCAACCUCAAUGCCAUUGGUAUCAGCUCAGACGACAAUAAUAGCAGCACAAACGACGAUGGUGAGGCCGAUAGCAUGGGCGCAGAUCCAGCUGACACGGCACCCAAGGUGCCAAACGGACCGACAAACGAUGACCUGUGCCACUCCGCGCUGGUGCUGGCCGAGUCUGCCAACCUACAGAUGCGCCUCACUGUCGUCACCGGCCUACUCUCCGUCCUGACGACCGGCUGGUGGGCAGGGCAGUCGGAUCGGCGCGGCCGCACGUGGAUCCUGCGCACAUCCAUCGUGGGGAUCGUCCUCAACGAUGUCGUCAUUCUGAUCACCGCUCACUUUCAGCGGCGCUACUUGCCAUUCGGUAACAACUUCCUCCUCCUCGGCGCAAUCUUCGAGGGCUGCGUCGGCGGGAUGCCUACGCUCGCCGCUGCGCAUCAGGCGUACAUCGCCGACGCGACGCCGAGCGGCACGCGCGCACAAGUGUUCAGCUUUUUCACGGGUCUGUUCUUUGCCGGCUUUGCGCUCGGCCCCACGCUCGGCGGAUACCUCGUCGCGCGCACGGGCAACCUCAUGUCCGCAUUCUACGUCGCCACCGCCGCGCACGUGCUUUACAUGCUCUUCGCCGGCUUCAUCCUCCCCGAGAGCAGCAGUGCUGAGGCGCGCGCCAAGGCCAACCGCGAGCGUGCUAGGGCCAAGACGCUGCGCGCCGAGCGUUGGGAGCAGAUGUGCAAGGGCGCACGUUUUCGCACAAAGGUCUGGGCCGCCAUCAAGGAGGCGUUGCAGGGGCCGCUCGAACCGCUCAAGAUGCUCCUGCCGCGUCCUAUCAACGAGGACCCUACUGUCGACAACAAUGACGGCGCCCACAGAGGAAGCAACGACGGCAGCGCAUCCGCGAGGCGAAAGCGCUCGACGCAGAACAUGCGCGCGGCGGCCAACGGCAACGAUGAAGCCUCCGCAUCAUUCAUCUCCGUCUCGCACAUCUCUCGAAAGAGACGCUACGAUAUCAAUCUCAGCCUGCUCUCCCUCUCGUACUUUUUCGAGACGAUGGUCAUCGGCAUCAUGACGAACAAGAUGUUGUACGCUCAGCACAUGUUUGGCUGGGGUCCACAAGAAGUAGGAACAUUCAUGACGCUCGGUAGCGUCAGUCGCGUCUUUGCCCUGAUCCUCUUCCUGCCGCUCAUCAUCAAGUUCGUGCACCGUCCCAAGAAGCGACUCAACCUGCCGCAAGACGCGGAUCAUUCCGGUCGGGAUCUACUCGACCAACACGGUCGACCAAAAACGCCUGUCACGCCUUCUACGCAUGCAAUGCCGGUCCCUACUACAGAUGGCGACGCUUCACUCACUGGUGCGGCGGUGGAUAGCGCAGGAUUUGACUGCAGCGACGAAGGUGACCGAGAAGGCGAUGAAGUAACAGAAGAGCUCCUCAUGAAAUCAUGGACGGACCACGAUAAGAGCGUCGAGGAGCUCUGGACGCUGCGCGCCAAGCAUCUGCGCAUGAUCCACGACUCGAAGUUCGACCUUCGCCUCGCGCGCGCUAGCGUGCUCAUCAUGCUGACUACGUACGCCGCAAUUCCGUUCGCACAGAGCGGCUUGAGCUACAUCGUCAUCACCUGCCUUACCAGCUUAGGCAGCGGAGGUAGUGCGGCGAUGAGCAGUCUGUCCCUGGCCCUGCUAUCGAGCCCUAGGGACGCAGGCAAGUUAUUCGGAGCGUGGAGCGUCAUGAGCGCCGUCGGUCAGACCAUCCUCGGACCGUUCUUGUUCACAUGGCUCUUCAGGAACACCGUCAAGACCUCCGCGCCUUAUGCCAUCUUCCUUCUAGCUUGCGUCAUGUUUGGGAUCUCAUUCUUCCUCCUGAUGCUCGUACGCGUCCGCAAAACGCGUUCCCUGCCCGCUCUCCCCCCUCGACCGCAGUCUCGUCCGGUCUCCACGGCUUUGUCGCCUGGAACUGCGCAAAUAUCUCUCAGCACUGCUGAAAGCCGCGAGCCUGCUUCCCGCCAUUCCACGCUUCGCCCCUUGAGCAGCUCGCUAAAUAAGAUAAGAAUGAAGGCCCCCAGGCUAAACACCACCUUCUCAGACAAUCAGGACGCUCCCGAAUCUGGACCAUAGAAGGGUAGCAGUCACAACAUAUGCUCGAAUACAUCAACCUGCUCGGACCCUAGUUACGCUACCAGGAAGAAACAGUUUGUCAUACUCGACUGUAUCUUCCUGCUGGCAAAGUGUAUAAUACGGACAUCAACUUUUGAUGGUAGCUUUCUAGCAUUACAUACAGUAAGGCAUAAUGGAUGCGCACACGU